AUAAUAUGGAAGAAUUAUCUAGAUGAGUAUUCUUUUUCAUUUUUUGAAAAUUUUAUUUUUUCAUUCUGUUCUCCUACAUAAUUGAAUCUGUUCGAUUUCGACUGCUUAUCUAGAAAAACUGACCGGAUAGAUUUCAUUUUCAAUAUCACAUGAACACAUUUACGAAUUCAAACAUCAAAUCGAUCUCUAUUUAUUUUUCCGUUACUGCCUGUUGAUAAGAUGACAUUACGUGAAUGGAACCAUAUUACUGAUACUCUAGAAGAUUGUAUAUCAUUUUGUCAAACACUUGGAUCAAUACCGUAUAGGCCAAGUGCGCCAUGUACGAACGGUCGUCAUAAAUGGUAUAUGGGCAAAUCGUCAAGAGCCCACGACAGUUGCAAGUUAACUCGAUCUAUUCGUGAUGGCACCUUCUUUUCUGCGUCGAGAUUACCAAUCCAGCGGUUACUCGAUUUAAUGUUUUAUUGGUUACAAGGCCUCGAUAGCCAUGAACAUCUUCGACAUCAUUGUAAUUUAGCAAGUGAGUCUACCAUCGUUGAUUGA